AUGGUUAGCAAUUCACUGGUGAUAGCGGUGUUGGCGCUGAACCGGGAGACACAGACGGCGACCAAUUUCUUUCUGCUAAACCUAGCGGUGGCCGACCUCUGCGUCGCCCUCUUCUGUCGAUACUUAGCGCUCGUCUACCCGUUGUUGAGUCGACGCCUCCUAACCAUCCGUAAGCUUAAGAUCACAAUCAUUAUUGUCUGGAUCUUAUCGGCCGUCUGUUGUUUCCCCCGAUUUAUUAUCUUCGGUACCGUUAAUAUACCCAUGGAUUUAGUGUACUGUAUAACUUAUAUAUCGAUUAGGCCCCACACAAUGUAUGGAACUGAGCAAGAUUAA